GGUACCCAAACACAUUGAUAACGGCCGCUUGGCAACCCUCAUGAUUAUCUGUUAGUCUGAUGCUUGUGAGGAAUAGUUAUCGGUGAGCAUCUGCUUUCACACAGGAUCCCUUCUUUAGCUGGAGUAUCUGAACGGGGCGGGCUGUUGCUAUGACAACAGAUGAGACAGAGAGUCACCAGAAGAAGCCGAGGCAGAAGGAGGAAACUGGCCAGGACACCAGGCCCUCACCGGAGGAGGAGCAGCUCCGGCUUCACAACCAUAACUCUGCUGGCCGUGGCCUUUCCCGCCUCUUGUCCUCCUUCCUAAAGAGGCGCUCACAGUGUGAGGGUGAGGCGGGAGAGAAGCAGGAAAAGGAAGAAGAAGAAGAAGCUAAAGCACCCAUUGCUGACCCUGAACCUGAACUGAGAACAGAAGGAGAGGUAGCCGUGGAUCAGCACUCACUGAGCAGUGCUGAGGCUCAGGCUGUCCAGGUAGAGAACAAAGAGACGGAGGAAAAGGAGGGUGGAAAGACAGAGGAGCACCACAGUGUGAAAGGAGUGGAGGCUGCCCUGGAGAAAGCGAGGGAAGAAAAGGUGUCCGGUCCUGAAGAAGGCACUAAGGGAGAGAAAGAGGAGCAAAUGACAGAGGAGGAAGUCAAAGCUCCCAGAGCUCCAUGCCAACCCAAGACCAUGCAGAUUAAAGUCAUCCUGCUUGACAACACUGAAUAUAAGUGUGAGCUGGAUAAACAUGCUAAUGGUCAGGAGCUCUUCAUGAAGGUUUGUGACCACCUCAACCUGUUGGAGAAAGACUACUAUGGCCUGGCUAUCUGGGAGACACCCACCAUUAAGACUUGGAUGGACCUAACCAAGGAGAUCCGCAGACAGGUUCAAGGUGCCAACUAUAAUUUCACCUUCAAUGUGAAAUUCUAUCCACCGGAUCCAGCCCAGCUGUCUGAAGACAUAACUAGGUACUACCUAUGUCUCCAGCUGCGGAAGGACAUACUGCAGGGCAGACUUCCUUGUUCCUUCGUCACCCUGGCCCUGCUAGGUUCCUAUGCCCUGCAGUCGGAGCUGGGUGAGUACGACCCAGAGGUGCACGGCAACGAGUAUGCCAAGGACAUGAAAAUUGCACAGGGUCAGACUAAGGAGCUGGAGGACAAAAUGAUGGAGCUGCACCAUACAUACAGGUCAAUGAGUCCAGCCCAAGCAGACUUGAUGUUCUUGGAGAAUGCCAAGAAAUUGUCCAUGUAUGGAGUGGACAUCCACCAGGCCAAGGAUCUGGAUGGUGUUGACAUCAUGUUGGGGGUUUGUUCCAGUGGUCUGAUGGUUUACAGAGACAAACUGAGGAUCAAUCGUUUCCCUUGGCCCAAAGUCCUCAAGGUCUCAUACAAACGCAGCAGCUUCUUCAUCAAAAUAAGACCAUCUGAGGUGGAACACUAUGAGAGUGCAAUUGGCUUCAAACUAUCCAAUUACAAAGCUGCCAAGAAGCUGUGGAAAGUGUGUGUAGAACAUCACACCUUCUUCAGACUGACCUCCACUGAGAUGGCCACCACUCCAAGGAAGUUCCUGGCAUUGGGCUCUAAGUUUCGCUACAGUGGUCGCACUCAAGCUCAAACCAGACAGGCAAGCUCUCUGAUUGACAGACCAGCUCCUUUGUUCCAGCGCUCUUCCAGCAAGAGGAACUCACGCAGCUUGGAUGGAGCCAUGGUGUCCACUCCUGACAAUAAAUCCACACGUCCAGUCAGUGCCCCCAUUAUGUCACCGGUGUCUCCUGGGGAGGCAACUUCACUGUCACCACUGCUACCCACCCUGCAUCGUUCUGACCACCAUGACAGCUCCACACACAGAGGCCAUCACUCUGCUGACAGGAAGGCAGACAUAAAGGCAGAGAGCCACCCAGCUGAUUACACUAAGAGCCACAGUCCCAGACCCCUGGCGUCCACUCCGGAAAUCAAGACAGUGGCAAGGAGAGAGAGGAAGCACUCACCCUCUGUGACCACUACCUAUUGGGAAAGAGAGAAAAAGAGCCAGCACUCUCCUCAGGACAAAACAAAGAUGGAGAUGCGAGUGAAGAAGAAAAGAGCUAAGAAACUUGAGGGUGAAACUAUUUAUAUCAGACAUAGCAAUUUAAUGUUGGAGGACUUGGAUAAGACCCAGACAGAGAUCAUGCGUCACCAUACUAGCAUCAGUGAGCUGAAGAGGAGUUUCAUGGAGUCAGGACCUGAGCCUCGGCCUAGUGAGUGGGACAAGCGUCUUUCUACCAACUCGCCUUUCCGCACAGUGAACAUCAACGGCCAGUUACAGCCAGCGUCUCCUGUACUAAAGACCCAGACAAUCACCAUCUCAGAUAUCACAAACUCCAUGAGAGGAAGUGUGACCUACAAGGACACCCCCUUAAUUCAUACUGAAACCAAGACCAUAACAUACGAGUCAGCACAGGGUCUUCACCCACAGCCAGUGGACAGCCUGGCAGAGAGGGACUCAGGAGUGCUGCUGAGUGCCCAGACCAUCACCUCCGAGACCAUCAGCACCACCACCACCACCCAGAUCACCAAGACGGUGAAAGGAGGGAUCUCUGAGACUCGCAUUGAGAAGAGAAUCGUCAUCACUGGAGACACUGAAAUUGAUCAUGAUAAGGCUUUGGCCCAGGCCAUUAAAGAGGCAAAAGAGCAGCACCCGGAUAUGUCUGUUACCAAAGUGGUUGUGCACCAGGAAACAGAGAUCACUCCAGACUGAGACAGACUGAUCAUCUGGAAGCUGCCCACCCUUACUCCUUACUGUGUUUCCAUCAUACCCUUUUACUGCUGCACCCCCAGCCGUCACACCCAACUCCACAGCCUUUGUCAUGAACCACCAGACCACAUCAGAGGGAAAAAGCUUCAAAGUUGAACUAUACACUUUAACCUCCAUGAGUGUGAAGUUUGCCCCGAAGGAGAUGAAGUUGCAAGAAAAUUCCCAAGAACCCUUACAGUAUUCCCCACAAACGCCACAAUUACUGCCAAAAGAUCAACCGCUGGACUGAUUUAAAAAAAAAUAAAAAAAAAAUGAAGUUUUUUUUAAAUGGAAAAAAGAAAAUAAAGUACAGCAUUUGUGGAUAUAUUCCUCUCUAUUUUGUCUGGGGACUUUAAGAAAAUUUUCAAGGGCAUUUGGUCUUUUAAUCUUGAGAUUACUGAUACUUUAUUUUUCUACCGCUUUUCUUACCAUUAGAAUUGGUUAUCAAUAACUUGUAGGUGAAAUGUUUUAACAGUGUGUUCCAAACAGCAUUAAUACAGGGAUUGUGGGUAAUUUUUUUCUUCUUCUGGGGGGGGGAGUUGUAAACAACUGGAACCGAGGUUCCCUAUCAAAUCCUAGUGAGAGUUACGUGUCAUUUCUUGUACAGUAAAUAUUUUAUUUUUCAUCUCAAUGUGAUAAAUUAUUUUUUCAAUUCAUCAAUUUCAAUGACUAUCAAACCAUGGGGGCAAUUACUCCUUUCACUUCAUUUAAAUUUGUGACUUAAUUAUUUGUUGACUGGUUUUUACAUCUUUUGAUUGUUUUAAUUGUUCUUGUCAUUGUAGUACUUGUGUCACUAGAAUGGGGUUUAGAGACAGCAGUGUACUAAAAUGACAUUUUCUUUCUUAUUUCCACCUCUAUCUUCUUUUUGUCUGUUUUGCGUUUUAGAUCUACUCAGUUUAGUUGUAUGUAACAUCGUGAUUUUGUAUUGAGAGCAUUCCAGUCACGGGAAAAAAAUGUACUAAUUUUUAUAAGCAUGACAUUAUUUCUGCAUGUAUCACGUUUAUUAUUUUCUGCAGAAUGGGCAGUGUGUACUAAUCCAGAGGGAGUAAAUUCAAAUGACCGUUAAUAAAGCAGCUGAAAAAUGAGCACAGUAAGCUAGCUAACUUAAUAAACUGCAAAUGUCAAAUCAAAUCAAAAUCAAAUCAAAUCAAUUUUAUUUGUAUAGCCCAAAGUCACAAAGUA